UCCAGAGCGAMAGCCUUUCAAGCAGCGUUUGACUUGUUGGCGCUCUUAGUUUGAGAUUCAAUGUUGCAGAGGAUAAUAAGCUGCAACAAUCGUCUAAUAGUUUUAAUCUUUUUCUGACCCCGGCCGAGAAGAAAGUACUAAAACCUUCAUUCUAGGAAUAAACUGCUGAUCUUCCGUCAACAUGCACGUGAUUAAAMGAGAUGGGCGGGAGGAGGCAGUUAGUUUUGACAAAAUCACAUCCCGCAUUCAGAAACUCUGCUAUGGGCUCAACAGCGACUUUGUGGAUCCUACCCAGAUUACAAUGAAGGUGAUUCAGGGUCUGUACAGCGGGGUCACCACUGUGGAGCUGGACACUCUGGCUGCAGAGACUGCUGCCACUCUCACCACCAAACAUCCCGACUAUGCAAUCCUGGCUGCUCGGAUCGCUGUGUCCAACCUGCACCGAGAGACCAAGAAAGUUUUCAGUGACGUGAUGGAAGACCUGUACAACUAUGUCAACCCCUUUAACAAACGUCACUCCCCUAUGAUCUCCAAGGAGACACUGGACAUUGUCCUCGAAAACAAGGACCUCCUCAACUCAGCCAUCAUUUCCGACAGAGACUUUUCUUACAACUUCUUUGGUUUUAAGACUCUUGAGCGAUCGUAUUUGCUGAAGAUCAACGGCAAAGUUGCUGAGAGACCCCAGCACAUGCUGAUGAGGGUGGCAGUCGGGAUUCACAAAGGAGACAUUGAUGCAGCUGUUGAAACAUACAACCUGCUUUCAGAGAAGUGGUUCACUCACGCCUCUCCUACCCUGUUCAACGCCGGCACCACCAGGCCUCAGCUGUCCAGUUGUUUCCUGCUAGCUAUGAGUGACGACAGCAUCAACGGUAUUUACGACACACUGAAGCAGUGCGCGCUCAUUUCCAAAUCGGCAGGAGGCAUCGGCCUGGCGGUCAGCUGUAUCAGAGCAACAGGCAGCUACAUUGCUGGGACUAACGGCACUUCUAACGGGCUGGUUCCCAUGCUGCGAGUGUACAACAACACAGCACGUUAUGUGGACCAGGGCGGCAACAAGAGACCAGGGGCCUUCUCUGUGUACCUGGAGCCGUGGCAUGCUGACGUGUUUGAGUUUUUGGAGCUGAAGAAGAACACGGGUAAAGAAGAGCAGAGAGCUAGAGACCUGUUCUUUGCCUUGUGGAUUCCAGACCUCUUUAUGAAGCGAGUGGAAAGCAAUCAGGACUGGUCUCUGAUGUGUCCAAGCGAAUGUCCUGGGUUGGAUGAGUGCUGGGGAGAGGAGUUUGAGGAGCUCUACACUCGUUGUCUGGGUUUCACAGAGGCAAUUGUGAAUCCCCACCUGCUGAAGGACCUCACUGAACGAGGACUGUGGAAUGAGGAUAUGAAGAACCAGCUGAUUGCUCAGAACGGCUCCAUCCAGGACAUCAAAGAGAUCCCAGAUGAUCUGAAGCAGCUCUAUAAAACAGUUUGGGAAAUCUCCCAGAAAACCGUCCUCAAGAUGGCAGCAGAUCGUGGCACCUACAUCGAUCAGAGUCAGUCUCUGAACAUUCACAUCGCUGAGCCAAACUACGGCAAACUCACCAGCAUGCACUUUUACGGAUGGAAGUUGGGCCUGAAAACCGGCAUGUACUACCUCCGAACGAAGCCCGCUGCCAACCCGAUUCAGUUCACAUUGAACAAGGAGAAACUGAAGGAGAGCCAGUCAGCAAAGAGGCUGGAGGAAGAAUCUAGAGAGCGCAACACAGCGGCCAUGGUCUGCUCCUUAGCCAACAAGGAUGAAUGCCUGAUGUGUGGCUCCUAAGACGAGGAUCGAGUCUCUCUAUCGCCAUAAUCAUUGCAGAUUUAUAUUUUUGGAAAAUACUUAGUGUUUUUAAUGUUUUCUUUUUAAACAUUAAAAUACAGUUAUUUAAUGUUUACAGUAUUUUUUUUAAAUCAUAAAAAAAUGUAUAGUGUGGGUCCAUAUUGUGUACAAUUAAUAGGAUUUUAUGAAUUAACAUUUUACUUAGUUAUCAAUGCUUUUUUUUUUUUUUUUUUUUUUUUUUUGAAUGAAUUUCAGGUUGAUCUUUGUUUUAAAUGAAAUCAGCCAUCUGGCAUUAAAUGUUAUGGAUUCUAAUAAAGAUAUUUAAAAAAAUCCGCAGGUCAUUUUUUUACUACUGCAAUAAAACAUUUUAGUUUUUUGUUUUUUAUACACUUACAAUAGGGGUGGAAAUAAAUAUGUAGGGUUUUCUAUUUUCAAAAUCAACAACUUGUAAGUUUGGGUCUU